AUGGACGCGGGAAUUCGUCUCCAAUUGGGGACGGCAGUUGCUGACCUGGUGGAACUGUGGCACGCCUACCGCACGUCGAUAAUUCUGUGCGCUCUUGUUCUCCUGGUCGGUCUGCGCACACUUCUCCAUGCGGCUGAAGACAGGGAGCCCUUAGCUGUGCUUCCCAAGAUUUAUAACCAGGAGAAACCCGAGGCGAACGAAAAGACAGCUCGAGAAGCGCCACCUGUCGCCGUGGCCGAGAAAAAGUCUACCGGACCAAGACGUAUAAAGGGUGGUGUGACAAGGAAACCCUCGCAUGAGAAAAAGGCGACAGCUGUCGAUACGGAUAGACCUACCAAAGUACUCGUGUUCUUCUCCUCUAUCACCACCAAGACGGAGAAGAUUGCCCACGAGUACAUCAAGACGCUUGAGACAUUCCUGGAUCAAAAGGCUGGAGAAACAGAGAGCAAAUUCCUGAAGCCCGAACUGCUCGAUUUGACUGAAAUUGACUUUGAAGACUAUUUCGUCAGCCCUCCCAAGUCUGCUGAGAACGCCGCCUACGUGUACCUUUUCCUCCUCCCGAGCUACAACAUCGACUCCAUCAACGAUACAUUUCUGCAGCAUCUCCAAGAGACCCACCAUGACUUUAGGAUCGAUACUGCCCCUCUGUCUUCGUUGAUUGGAUACUCGGUAUUCGGCUUUGGAGACAAGGAAGGAUGGCCCAAUGAAGACGAGGGGUUCUGCUUUCAGGCCAAGGAGCUAGACAAAUGGAUGUCCAAGUUGACCGGCCGGAAGCGAGCCUACCCCGUCGGAAUGGGCGACAUGAAGAGCGACCACACGGAAAGAUUCACAGAGUGGACUACUGGAGUACAAGAUGUCAUUUCUCAGGCUGUACAGACUGGAUUCCUCGGCGAGGGUGUGCCUGGUAGUGGUGAUGCUGUAGAGAGCGACGAAGAAGACGCUGAAGCCGAUGACGGUGAAGUCGUAUUUGACGAUGAAGAGUCUGGCGAUGGCAAAUCUUCUGAUGACUCUCGGCCACUGGACGACGUUGAGGACCUGGGAAAGAUGAUUCGUCCCAACAAGGAUGGAAAUGGGACUACCCGAAAAGCACCCCUGGCUGUUGAUUUCACUACAUAUCCCUCCGCCACCAAGAAGAAGGCCCAGGCGCCCAUCAUUAAAGAGAUGGUAGCCAAGAACUCACCCACUUAUACCGCUCUGACCAAGCAAGGAUACUCCAUUGUCGGCUCUCACUCUGGCGUCAAGAUCUGCCGCUGGACCAAAUCUGCUCUGCGCGGACGGGGCAGCUGUUACAAGUAUUCCCUCUACGGCAUCAACUCUCAUCAGUGCAUGGAAACCACUCCUUCGCUCUCAUGCUCGAAUAAAUGUGUCUUUUGCUGGCGUCACGGAACGAACCCUGUCGGUACAACAUGGCGAUGGGUGGUUGAUCCCCCGGACAUGAUCUUUGAUGGCGUCAAAGAGAACCACUACAAGAAAAUCAAGAUGAUGCGCGGUGUUCCUGGUGUGAGAGCGGAGCGAUAUGCCGAGGCUCUUAGAAUUCGACACUGUGCUCUCUCCUUGGUGGGAGAGCCCAUCUUCUAUCCCUAUAUCAAUGAAUUUCUUGCUCUCCUGCACAAUGAGCGAAUCUCUUCUUUCUUAGUCUGCAAUGCACAACAUCCUGAUCAGCUCGCGGCUCUCAAGGCUGUGACUCAGUUAUACGUGUCCAUCGACGCCUCCAACAGAGACUCGCUGCGAAAGAUUGACAGGCCUCUCCACCGAGAUUUCUGGGAGAGAUUCUUGAGAUGCCUAGACAUUCUUCGGGAAAAGCGUUUCCGCCAUCGCACAGUCUACCGCCUGACUCUUGUCAAGGGCUUUAACGUGGAAGAUGAAGCUGAAGGCUACGCCCAACUCAUUGAGCGCGGACUGCCAUGCUUUGUCGAAGUCAAGGGAGUGACGUACUGCGGUACGUCAACAUCCUCCAAUGCCGGCUUGAGCAUGUCCAACGUGCCGUUCUACUGGGAGGUCUGCGAAUUUGUCAAGGCACUGGACAAGCGUCUCCAGGAAAAGGGCCUUGACUACGGCAUCGCUGCCGAGCACGCCCAUAGCUGCUGCGUCUUGCUGGCGAGCAAACGGUUCAACGUCAAUGGCAAGUGGCAUACGCACAUUGAUUACCAGCGGUUCUUUGAGCUCCUUGAGGAGAGAGGACCAGAUGGUGAUUGGACGCCUGAGGACUAUAUGGGACCACCGACGCCUGAGUGGGCUCUGUGGGGGAAUGGAGGAUUUGAUCCUCGGGACGAAAGGGUGGAUAGAAAGGGCCGCAAAAUGGAGGCCAUUGUGACGCGCGAGGCACCCGAGUAA